GGGGCCGGAGCCGCCCGGGGCCCGGCAGAGCGCAGGCAGGCGGCGGCAUGGUGGACAGCAUCUACCGGACGCGCUCGCUGGGGGUGGCGGCCGAGGGGCUGCCGGACCAGUACGCGGACGGGCGGGCGGCGCGCGUCUGGCAGCUCUACAUCGGGGACACGCGGGGCCGCACGGCCGAGUACCGCAGCUGGCUCCUGGCGCUGCUCCGCCGCCACCGCUGCCGCGCCGUGCUCGACGUGGCCUGCGGCACCGGGGUGGACUCCAUCAUGCUGGUGGAGGACGGCUUCAGCGUGACCAGCGUUGAUGCCAGUGACAAGAUGCUCAAGUACGCCCUGAAGGAGCGAUGGAACCGGCGGAAGGAAGAGGCCUUUGACAAGUGGGUCAUUGAGGAGGCCAACUGGCUCACCCUGGACAAGGACCUGCAGAAGCCUGGAGACGGGUUUGAUGCUGUCAUCUGCCUGGGAAACUCCUUUGCACAUCUGCCUGAUUUCAAAGGUGACCAGAGUGACCAUAAACUGGCCCUUAAGAACAUUGCGAGCAUGGUGCGACCAGGCGGCCUCAUGGUCAUCGACCAUCGCAACUACGACUACAUCCUGGCCACGGGCUGCGCCCCACCUGGCAAGAACAUCUACUACAAGAGUGACCUGACGAAGGACAUCACCACAUCCGUGCUGCUAGUGAAUAACAAAGCCCAUAUGGUGACCCUGGACUACACCCUGCAGGUCCCAGCCCAGGAGCCAGAGGAAGCCGUGGAACUGAGCAAAUUCCGUCUCUCCUACUACCCUCACUGCCUGGAGGCCUUCACGGAGCUGCUGAAGAACGCCUUCCAGGGGCAGUGCCAGCACAGCGUCCUGGGCGACUUCCAGCCCUACCAGCCCGGCCAGGCCUACACCCCCUGCUACUUCAUCCACGUGAUGAAGAAGACUGGCUGAGGCGCUGCCUGGGGCUCCCUGGCGUUGCUGGCUGGACUGUGCCCCCGGCCGGCCGCGUGGCAAUGGACAAGGAGGUGGAACGCUUCUCCGCCUUCCUGUCUGAACAGCGCUGCUUGGGCGGCUGAUGGGACGCUCCACCAGCCGGCCGCUUCAGGGGAAGGCCCCAGGGUUUGCCUGUGAGGCCCGCGCGAGGCUCUGUGGCUGGCUAGACUGGCCUGUACUGCUGCUGCUUGUCUCUCUCUGCUUCUCGCAUUUGCCAGGCUGCACGGGGGUGGGGGGCAUUUUUCCAAAUCUCAGGGCUGUCGAGGGCUCUCCAGAAGGCUGUUGCGGGGAAAGCGAAACAACGCUCAUGGAGAGUUACCAGUG